UGGCAAUGAAGAGUCUACAGAAAUGAUAUGGGUAAAUCUAUGUAAUUCCUCGGAUAUUAGGGACCUCCUUUCGUAAAUAUCCCUUAUUUUUGCUGGAUCUACCAAGAAAACCAAUACAGACUCGAGAAAAUUUCCCUGAAAAAAAAAAAUCUCUCUUUAGUCUUUGGCAAGUGAAAAAAAAAAAAAAAAGAAAUCAAAUUUUAUAUUGAAUCCCUGUAAAUUCGCCAAAAGGCUCAAAACCCAUCAAAUUCUUACAUCCUCCUGGAAUGGAUUUUAGUCAGCCUCCAGGUGAAAAUUAUGCCAACCCCAAGACGUGUUUCUUUCAUGUUCUUUUCAAGGCUGCAGCAUUGGCGUUUUACAUCCUUUCUGCUCUCUUUUUCGACAACUUUGUGAUCAUUUUUGUUGUGACUGUUCUUCUUUCUGCUCUUGAUUUUUGGGUGGUUAAGAAUGUAAGCGGACGUAUAUUAGUUGGUUUGAGGUGGUGGAACGAAAUUAAUGAUCUUGGUGAAAGUGUGUGGAAAUUUGAAAGUCUUGACCAAGAGUCAUUGGCCCGGAUGAACAAAAAAGAUUCAUGGCUGUUCUGGUGGACCCUUUACCUUUCAGCGGUUGCUUGGAUUGUGCUUGGAAUAUUCUCUCUCAUAAGGUUUCAAGCUGAUUAUCUCCUUGUUGUUGGAGUUUGUUUGACUCUCAGCAUUGCAAAUAUUGUUGGCUUCACCAAAUGUCGCAAAGAUGCCAAGAAGCAGAUUCAACAGUUUGCCUCCCAGACUAUUGCCUCAAGAGUUUCUUCCACUAUACAAUCAGCAUUUAGUGUUGUCUGAAAUAGCCAAUAGUAAAAUACAAGAAUAACAAGGAAGAAAAUGCACUCAUAAACGGGAAGUUGAGAAGUAUGGCAUGUACAAAUCAAUCGAAUUGGCCAUUUUUGUGAACUAGGGGUUACAAAUCAAAUGUCAUUUACAGUACCUCUAAAUCUAAUGCUUUGUAUAAUGAAAUAAUGAAUCACUCAGAAAAAGUUUGUACAACAAUCAUCUUUCACUUACAGAGUACAUUUUAGUGGGCUGUAUAAUGACCCUACAAUCUUC